AAUUCUGCUACAUAACCUCAAUUCAAGGUUCAGUUCAGUUUUAGGUUUUAGGGUACUGUAAGUUUAGAGAAACAUACCAUAAUUAUUACAUUCCUUAUUUCAUAUUUUUAGCUAAGCAAAAAACAGGCAACUAAAAUGAGACGACUUUCAGAUGAGAGAACAAAACUUUUAUUUGAAAAGUUAUCAAAAUUCAUUGGCCCAAAUGUAAAACUACUAAUUGACAGACCCGAUGGUCAGUAUGUAUUUAGAGAACACAAAGAGAGGGUAUUUUACGUUUCGGAAAGACUUCUGAAGUUUGCUGAAUCAGUUGGCCCCGAUCACUUUGUCAGUCUUGGCACAUGCUUUGGAAAGUUUACUAAAAGUGGAAAGUUCUUGUUGCACGUUACUGCCUUGAACUAUCUAGCACCUUAUGCACAGUUCAAAAUUUGGGUGAAGCCAUCUGCCGAGCAACAGUUCUUGUACGGACACAAUGUGAAUAAAGCAGGACUCGGAAGAAUCACAGAAAGCACACCAAAAUACCAGAAUGUAGUCGUAUUUUCAAUGAGCGAUCUUCCUUUGGGAUUUGGUGUAGCAGCUCGCAGCACAGCAGAGUGCAAGCAUGCUGAUCCAUUAGCAACCGUGUGCUUUCAUCAAGCAGACAUCGGAGAAUAUAUUCGCAAUGAAGAAGGCCUGUUAUAGUGUAAUG